AUGUUCAAUAAUUUAGGAAAAAUAACAAAUAAAAGUAAAAAAACAAAUAGAAAAACUACAAAUAUGAAAAGUCGAAAUUCAAAGUUAAAAUCAGUAUCUAGUGAGCUAUUGUCUUACAUGAUAAGUAAAGAAAACUGCGGCAUUAGUUUGUAUACACAUAUUCAAACAUUAUUAGAUAUGUUUAUAUUUCAAAAUCCUAUACAGCCAUUAACAUAUUUUGAAUACUACAGUGAAAAUAUUAAGAUGUUAUAUCAGAAAUCACAACCAAAUCCUGAUUUGAAUUUUUUUAAUAACAUUGACAUUAACAUCUAUAACAAAAUAAUAGAAAUAUAUAAAGAUACCAUAUUUAAUGUCAGAGAAUACAAAACAAGUAGUAUAUCCUAUGGGUAUGAAGCCGAAGCAGAAUAUGAUGAUACGCAAUACGACGAAGAAGUGGAUGAGAUUAGCGUACAAGACUUAUCAAAAAUGAAUUACAUGUUUAAUAAGGCAGGGUGUGGCAUAACAAAUGAUGAAGCUCAUCUUAUUAGAAUAACUAUGGACCAAAUGUCACAACUCCAAAAAUUUAAAAGUAUUAGAUAUUGGGGUAAAAUAAUAGGCUUAAAACGUAACUAUUAUAUUUUGGAAUGUGAAUGGAAAAAUAAAGAAUUGGAAUAUAAACUGAGACUCUUAAAUUUUGUUUUUAAUACUAACAAAAAUAAAAUACCACAUGAUUAUGAUAAUGAAAACGAAAAUCAAGAAGAAGUAGAAUUAGAAAAAUAUAUAUUAUCUGAUGAAGAAAAUGAAUUUUUUUCCAAAACUACAGUAUCUUCUCAAAUUCACAAAGAUAUUAACGACGAAUCAGAUGAGUUUUUAUUCGAUUCUCUGAAAUCGGAAGUAUGUUCUUUUCUACCCGCAGAACGCGGUGAUGAUGAUGAUGAUUAUUUAUCCCAUGAAAUAUUUGGUUUCGGAGCUAAUAAAAAGUCAUACUUUGUAACAAAUCAAUUAAAUGAUUCAUGGAUCGAACUGCCACUUCUCAAGCCUCAUCAUAUUAUUCAAUCGCGGAAUAUCAAACGAUACUUUACAGGAAAUUUGGAGUCGCCUGUUGAAUCUUAUCCAUUAUUCCAAGGUUUGGAAAAACAUUAUCUCAGAGCUCAAAUUGCAAGAAUUACAGCUGCAACUCAAAUAUCACCACGUGAUUAUUUUGUACUAAACUACAAUUCAAAUUUAUAUAAAUGGAGGAAAUUAAACACUUUCCAAUCGAAAGCAAUGUCGCACAAAUGGGUCCACGAGUAUGUAGCGAACGCAGAUUACACUCCUUUAUCGGUAUACGAUUUACUUGAACCGAGCAACUGGGUACAUCACACUCCCUUGAUAUCUGAAAAAGGAGUGACCAAGGCGUGGAACAAUAUUAUAGAGUCCGAAGGAGACUUACAACAAAACUCGGAGAGGAUCGAAUAUGAUUGCAAGGUUAAGAUAAACUUAGAAAUCGGAAAAGGAGACGGUGACCAUUUAGAUAUAUUUGGAGACCUGUCAAACGACGCGUAUGUGGGUGAAAUGCCGCCAUGGAAAUUUGAAUUAACCAAUCAAUUUGACCAUACGAUUACUUACACGACCAUCCGGUCCAAUCUUUGGCCCGGAGCGCAUGCAGUUGCACGUGAAAAUCUUUUGGAUUACACAUAUCACGGUUGGGGCCUCAAAUGGAACGCCUAUAGUUUCACAGUUCAGCCGUUGAGUGGAUAUCAGCGGUCCGAUUCCUAUAGAAACGAUUCAAGCAUAAUUACUGAGAUUAAAGAUCCUACUCGCGAGGACGAACUGAUGUAUUUCGCAAUAGUUAACAAAAGGAAAGAAGAUCGAGCUCGUAUGAAAAUCGGCGUUCUGCAGCCGUUUAAUGCAGCAGACGAGGACGAAGAAAGAAUCCUCAAUCAACACGACUACGACGAUUGAUGCCGGUAACGUGUGUCGUUGCUAUAUUUGUAUCAUUUUUAUGUUAUAUUUUUUUAUUUUAUACAUUAUUCGCGUACAAUGUUACACAAUAUAUA